AAUUAAUUGAUUGAUGUUUAAAGUGGUGGAUCUACUUAGCUCCUACCAAACUAUUGGAGGCAAUGAGCACAUUAUGUGGUGGGGAUGGCGUAAACUGAAUGCCAAUGGUUCAUUUUCAAUUUCACUCAGUCAAGCUCCCAAACAAUUGUUAACUGACUAACCACUGCGUCAGAGCAGACUCCGAUGAUGACCAAGUCCUGAAGCUCCUCAUCUCAAGAUGGAAGCUCUUCCUUACACCAAUUUGCACUCACUCGCUCCUACCCCCAUUCGAUCCUCCAAGCUCCCCCUUCGCCCGCUCCAAUUUUCUAUCAAACCUAUUUAUUCCUCCAAAUUCCUCAUUCUCCACCACCACAGGCUCCGUUGCCUAGCUGAAUCCACCACCAACCAUGGCCACCACGACGACCAUCACGGUCACCACCACCACUGUCACCACCACCACCACUCUCACGGCGUCGAUGGCGCUAAUCUCACCGCGCCUCAGAAGGCGAUUAUCACGUUCGCCAAGGCCACGCGAUGGAUGGAGCUGGCCGAUAUCCUGAGGGAGCACUUGCAUCUGUGCUGCUUCUCCACCGCCUUGUUUGUUGCCGCCGCAAUUUGCCCUCACGCCUUGCCUAAGCCCCUCGUCAAGCCUCUCCAAAACGCUCUCAUUUUCGUCGCUUUUCCUUUGGUUGGGGUUUCUGCAUCGCUUGACGCUCUUAUUGAGGUCAGUAGCGGAAAGGUGAACAUCCAUGUGUUGAUGGCAAUGGCAGCCUUUGCGUCAAUGUUCAUGGGAAACUCUUUGGAAGGAGGCUUGCUUCUUGCCAUGUUUAAUCUGGCGCAUAUAGCCGAAGAGUAUUUCACCAGCCGAUCAGUGGUGGAUGUUAGGGAAUUGAAAGAAAAUAAUCCUGAUUUCGCCCUUGUUCUGGAUACCAAUGAUGAUAAACUUCCCAAUACAUUUGACUUGGCAUACAAGAGGGUUCCCGUGCAUGAUGUUACUGUGGGAUCAUAUAUCCUGGUUGGUGCCGGCGAGUCUGUGCCAGUAGAUUGUGAUGUAUACCAAGGCAGUGCGACAAUUACCAUCGAGCACUUGACAGGGGAAGUCAAACCUUUGGAGGCCAAAGUUGGAGAUAGAAUUCCUGGUGGUGCAAGGAACUUGGAUGGGAGGAUAAUUCUGAAGGUAAAGAAAACUUGGAAGGAAUCAACUCUCAGCAGAAUUGUUCAAUUGACCGAAGAAGCACAGUCAAAUAAACCUAAACUUCAAAGGUGGCUGGAUGAAUUUGGUGAACGUUACAGCAAAGUUGUUGUGGUGUUAUCAAUUGCUAUUGCUGUUAUUGGGCCACUUGUAUUUAAGUGGCCAUUCAUUAGUACAUCUGCUUGCAGAGGUUCAAUUUACAGAGCCUUAGGGCUUAUGGUGGCAGCAUCACCUUGUGCCUUGGCUGUGGCCCCAUUGGCAUACGCUAUAGCAAUCAGCUCCUGUGCCAGAAAGGGGAUAUUGCUCAAAGGUGGGCAUGUUCUGGAUGCUCUAGCUUCUUGUCGUACUAUUGCAUUCGACAAAACAGGGACAUUGACAACUGGUGGACUUGUAUUCAAAGCAAUUGAACCCAUUUAUGGUCAUCGUGUUAGAAACAAUGAAUCAAAUGUUUCUUCCUGUUGCAUUCCCACCUGUGAAAAAGAAGCUCUUGCUGUUGCUGCAGCUAUGGAAAAGGGUACUACUCACCCCAUUGGAAGGGCUGUGGUUGACCAUAGUGAAGGCAAAGACCUCCCAUCUGUUUCUGUUGAAAGUUUUGAAUACUUUCCUGGUAGAGGCCUUACUGCUACUGUUAAUAGCGUUGAGUCAGGAGUUGGAGGUGCUAAACUAUUGAAAGCAUCACUUGGAUCUAUAGAUUUCAUCACUUCCUUUUGUCAAUCUGAAGACGAGUCAGAAAAGAUCAAGGAAGCUGUUAAUACAUCUUCUUAUGGAAGUGAAUAUGUUCAUGCUGCCCUUUCAGUUAAUAAGAAGGUAACAUUGAUUCACCUAGAGGAUAGGCCUCGUCCUGGCGUUUUUAAUGUUAUUCAAGAAUUGCAAGAUGAAGCAAAGUUUCGUGUGAUGAUGUUAACUGGUGAUCACGAGUAUAGUGCAAGGAGAGUUGCAAGUGCUGCGGGCAUCAAUGAGUAUUAUUGCAACCUGAAGCCUGAAGAUAAGCUGAGUCAUGUAAAGGAUAUCUCAAGAGAUAUGGGGGGAGGCUUAAUUAUGGUUGGUGAAGGCAUCAAUGAUGCCCCAGCACUUGCUGCUGCAACUGUCGGCAUAGUUCUUGCUCACCGUGCUAGUGCAACUGCCAUAGCUGUUGCAGAUGUUUUGUUGCUUAGAGAGAACAUUUCUGCAGUGCCAUUUUGUAUAGCCAAGUCUCGCCAAACAACUUCACUGAUUAAACAAAAUGUGGCUUUAGCAUUGACAUCCAUCGUCUUAGCUUCCCUUCCAUCAGUUUUGGGAUUUCUGCCAUUGUGGUUAACGGUUCUUUUACACGAAGGUGGAACCCUGCUUGUAUGUCUCAAUUCGGUACGUGCCCUGAAUGAACCAUCUUGGUCCUGGAAGCAUGAUAUAUCACAUUUGAUUAGCCAAGUUAAAUCUAGACUCGUAUCUCUCAAUACAAAUAUCACGGCCUCAAGAAGUAAUAUAACAACGAAUUUGUAACGUAGUGUUGUAGGGUACAGCAUAUUUAUAGUGUAUUGAGAAAAAUGUCAAUAUCUCUUUCCUUGUAUAUCUGUAGGCAUUUUUUCUUCAUCCCAUAGAAUUAAACAUUCCCUUUUGUUUGUGGGUAGUUUCCCUUCUUUAAUACUCGUUUUAGCAUUCAAAUGGAAUAAGAAAAAUGGCAUAUUAAGGGACGAA